AUUUCACCUUAUAGAAGUGGGAUUCCAUGAAGUGUGAGACUCGUUGCUGGAAGAAGUUAGCCAGAUUACUCCAUUGAUUAGAAUGCUUUAACUUCCUAAUUAUAGGUCCCCAAACACGCUGGAGUGUGUUAAUUUUUUUAUUCCAUUUCUCCUUUUGUUCUUAGACCUGUGUUAGAGUCGUCUGGACAUAAGUUUCCCUUGAUAUCAGAGUUACAAGCAUCCCAUUUAAAACCAUGGGAAAAGAUAGGAAAAAGUAUCUUAAAGUAUUCAGAGAGAGAGUAUUGCUAUUGGUAAUGUCCCAGAAUUAUAAUUUCUCUUUUAAUUAAAAAAACUGCAAUAUAUGCUAUACUGUUUCCUGAAUGAAUAUGAAAAAUACCGUCAGCAUAUGCCCCGUGUCUCCUAAUAGAUGGUGCUCUGUCUGAAAACGGACAUUCAAAUCUUCUUGUGGUAGUUUGUUCUAACAAGACAGAAAGUUCUAAUAGGUAGAAAUCUUUCUGUUGAGCUUACUAUGGUAAGCUCUAAUUAUUUUGAAAACUAAUAAAUUUUGAAUUCAACAAUGCACAGAGCUCAAAAUGGAUAGGCUCGUGUUGUGGACUCUACUACUGACUUUUUCUGGAAGUCAAGCCUCAAGACCCUGGGCUCAAAGAAAUACCGAAUUUGCAAUGGAUCUUUAUCAAGCUACUUGUUUAUCUCAUAAGAACAACAUCAUAAUUUCCCCUCUUGGAACAACUUUGGCCCUUGGAAUGAUACAUCUGGGAGCAAAAGGAAAAGCACAACAGCAGAUAAGACAAACUUUAAAAUUUCAGGAAACCGCAACUGGAGAAGAAUUUUCUGUGCUGAAGUCAUUUUUCUCUGCCAUCUCAGAGAAAAAACAAGAAUUUACAUUCAGUCUUGCCAAUGCCCUCUACCUUCAAGAAGGAUUCACUGUGAAAGAACAGUAUCUCCAUGGCAACAAGGAAUUUUUUCAGAGUGCCAUAAAACUGGUGGAUUUUCAGAACGCAAAGGCUUGUGCAGAGACAAUAAGUACCUGGGUAGAAAGCAAAACAGAUGGAAAAAUUAAGGACAUGUUUUCAGGGGAGGAAUUUGGUCCUCUGACUCGGCUUGUCCUGGUGAACGCUAUUUAUUUCAAGGGGGAUUGGAAACAGAGAUUCAGAAAAGAGGACACACAGCUGAUGAAUUUCACUCAGAAGGAUGGUGUGGCAGUUAAAGUCCCAAUGAUGAAGGCUCUUCUGAGAACAAAAUAUGGUUAUUUUUCUGAAUCUUCCAUGAACUGCCAGGUUUUGGAAUUACCUUAUAAAGGUGAUGAGUUUAGUUUAAUUAUCAUACUUCCUGCAGAAGAUGUGAACAUAGAAGAAAUGGAAAAGCUAAUUACUGCUCAUCAAAUUCUGCAGUGGAUCUCUGAGAUGCAAGAAGAGGAAGUGGAAAUAAGCCUUCCUAGAUUUAAAGUAGAACAAAAAUUAGACUUCAAACAAGCUUUAUAUUCUUUGAAUAUAACUGAGAUAUUUAGUGGUGGCUGUGACCUUUCUGGAAUAACAGAUUCAUCUGAAGUAUAUGUUUCCCAAGUUAUGCAAAAAGUUUUCUUUGAGAUAAAUGAAGAUGGCAGUGAAGCUGCAUCAUCAACUGGCAUACAUACCCCUGUGAUCAUGACUCUGUCUCAAAACCAAUUUAUAGCAAACCAUCCGUUCCUGUUUAUUAUGAAGAAUAACCCAACAGAAUCAGUACUGUUUAUGGGAAGGGUGACAAAUCCUGACACCCAAAAGAUGAAGGGAAGAGAUCUAGAUUCGCUGUGAAUGAAAAGCACAGCCUUGAAACACAAGGUGAUUCCUAGAAAAUAGCUGAUGGGCAAAAUAUCACCACAUGUCUUCUGUAUAUCCUUUUCUGUUUUAAAUUGUGCCUGUAUUAAAUCUGUAUUCAUGAGUAAAUGGAAUUA